ACGAUUUCUUUUCCUUCUCACAGUCAUAUACAUUCCUCCUUCUCCCUUGCCCCCACCACCCCCGCGCGGCCCUUCCCGAAACCUACUCUUCGCUGAGCGAUUAGAGAUUUCGGACGUCUCCGGGUGCAGGAGGCGGGGAUGGGGCUGGUAAACACAGCAAAGGCACUUCCAGAAUGUCCCGAUUCAGCAACUUUCUUUUCUUUCUUCCCCCUUCCCCCCCGCUUCAAGGGCAGCAAAAGAGGCUUUUGUUAUUUGCUCCUUUUGAAGUUUGUUUCCCUCUUGCUUGGUCCCCCUCCUGUUUAUAAUUUAAGAUCUUGGGAGCACACGGGCACUAUGCUCUCUUUACAAGAAAUGUAAUUUCUCAGUGUAACCGGUAGCCUCUGUAUUUCUCGCUUUUAUCUAAUCAGACUUCCUGCACCACCGCACCCCCUCCCAAAACACACACACACACACACACUCACAUUCACACACACAGGUGGAUGAACGCUUAAGUUCCCAGGUUAUUGAGGUUUGAGUUUUUUAAUGGCAAAUUUGAAGUGUUGUUGUUAGUUUCCUUUACUUUUUCCCUGUCUUGCAUUAUUUUUCUCUUUUCUCCCUUUCCGUUGUCUCCUUCGACUGCCCCCGCUAAACCUGUCUCUCCUCACUCCUGUUCCCUACUUGGGCCCCUUUCAUUCAGGUAAAACUGUAAAUUUCCCAAUGCGCCAUUGUUCCCUUGGGCUGCCCAAAGCUCCCUAGAGAUCCCCGAAUACUUUUUUGGUAUUUAAAUCCCCAGUAGAUAGGACCAAUGUAAAUUUUGUGACAUUCAAACCUUUUCUAGUUCACAAAUCAGUCACCCUUGUCACAGUUAUUGAAAUUCCGCAACUCGCCACACCAGGACGGUGGAAAAAGCGGGCGCGGUCUUUGUUGCCGACCAGGCUUUUGAUCGCCAGAGAAAAUUUACUUACCUUCAGAUGAGUGAGCAGAAAAAGAAAUAACACUCCCUUUGAUUUAGUUAGGAAAAUGCAGACAUUUGGAUUCAGUGCAAACAUACAACACUCGCUUGUUUUCGCGAUGCGGCCCUCGAUUAACCUGUCUUUGCCUAGCGCAAAGUCUAUUCAACAACUGCGCGUAGUUUCUUUUUGUCCCUUCCACAAAGAGCCAUUGACUAUAUAUUAAAAUGAUUGUUGAAAGGUAAGGGAGUAUGGUACUUAAAAGCAGGAAAAAAAAAAAUCCCUGUGACUCAAUCAAUUAAGCCGAGCAACAUUUAUGCAUUUCAAAAAAUGCACGCGGAUGCGGGGGGUUGUGGGGAUGAAGGUUGCAUUUCUCCGCAGCUCUGUUUAAAACCCAACAGUCCUGGCCGAGGGUUUAGCUGAAGCAUCUGCAUAUUCAUUAGGUCUAAUUAUUUUCUAGUAAGGAAAACACAAAAAGCCAAGAGUCGGAAUCCUUCAAUUUACCCUUUGUUUCUAACUUCAUUUGGCUUCUUUGCAGCUGAAUCAAAGCCCUAAACUCUUUUUCCAGACAAAGAAACCUCAACUCAUCCUUUCACAGGCGGCCCGGUUAGGAAACUCACCAGUGCCCCAGCGAGAGGAAAAUGAAAAUGAAUAUAUUUUUUGCCCUGACGCCAGCGCUGACUGCACCGGCUGGAGGAAGGCAGGGUCAGCGUCCGCCGCUCCUCGCCUUUCUGGUUUUCUGGUCUUCUCACCGACUAGAUUCUCGCUUGGGGCUGGCCGGCCGGACUGCCCUUUCCAUGGGCUGUGCUUGCUCAAAAGUCGGCUUGGGUAUCCGAGAUGAUUUCCCGGUGCCUGAAGGGACCUGACUGAGCAUUUGUGCUUGUGCUGGGAAAUAGAAAUUCGAGGACCAAAAAAAUUGUCCUGUUGCCAUCAACAAGUCUGAGUCUAGCAGCCCAGCAUUUCCCACCAACUUUGAGUGGAAUGGAAUGAGGAGUGGAGGAAACGCGAGCGGCUCCAGUUCAAAGCCACAUGCACCAACGUGACAUAUAAGCCAUUAAAAUAUCAUCCUGACGGCUCAUUUCUGCUUCAUCAUACAUUCCCUAACUGCUUCCCGAAAGCUGGAAAAGGAGAAAUGAAGGAUGACCGCCUCGCUGGAACCACAAAAGAGAGGCUUGGAGGGGUUUGUGGUCCCCUCUCAGCCACCCCGAAAUGAUGUGCAGAAAUGAGGCGAUCCUGGCAACAGGUGGAGUGGGGCUCAAAGUCAGAAAAUGAGAUACAAGACAUCCUUGGUGAUGAGGAAACGAUUACGGCUUUACCGAAACACUCUGAAAGAGUCAAGUAGCAGCUCUGGACACCAUGGCCCCCAGCUCACCGUCGCCUCCAGCCCCUCGGUGUUCCCGGGACUCCAUGAGGAGCCUCCCCAGGCUUCCCCCAGCCAUCCUUUGAAUGGACUCCUGCGUCUGGGGCUCCCUGGAGACAUGUACGCGCGGCCAGAACCCUUCCCGCCAGGGCCUGCGGCCCGCAGCGACGCCCUGGCAGCUGCCGCAGCUCUGCAUGGCUACGGGGGCAUGAACCUGACGGUGAACCUCGCUGCGCCCCACGGUCCUGGCGCUUUCUUCCGCUACAUGCGCCAGCCCAUCAAACAGGAGCUCAUCUGCAAAUGGCUGGCGGCCGACGGCACCGCGCCCCCGAGCCUCUGCUCCAAAACUUUCAGCACCAUGCACGAGCUGGUCACGCACGUCACCGUGGAGCACGUCGGCGGCCCGGAACAGGCCAACCACAUUUGCUUCUGGGAGGAGUGUCCGCGCCAGGGCAAGCCCUUCAAAGCCAAAUACAAACUUGUAAAUCACAUCCGCGUGCACACGGGCGAGAAGCCCUUCCCUUGUCCUUUCCCGGGGUGUGGGAAGGUCUUUGCUAGAUCAGAAAAUCUCAAAAUACACAAACGAACUCACACAGGCGAGAAGCCCUUCAGAUGCGAGUUCGAGGGCUGUGAGCGGCGCUUCGCCAACAGCAGCGACCGCAAGAAGCAUUCGCACGUGCACACUAGCGACAAGCCAUACACGUGCAAGGUGCGGGGCUGCGACAAGUGCUACACGCACCCCAGCUCGCUGCGUAAGCACAUGAAGGUGCACGGGCGCUCGCCGCCGCCCAGCUCUGGCUAUGAUUCGGCUACACCGUCUGCCCUCGUGUCGCCCUCGUCAGACUGCGGCCACGAGUCCCAGGUGGCCUCCUCGGCGGCGGUGGCGGCGCGUAGUGCCGACUUGAGCGAAUGAUGUCCAUCGCGUUGCUCGCAAGGUAAUCUCGCUCCGCGCAGCUGAGCGCCCCGCAUCUUGCGCCUGCUACAUCAAAGGGCCCGCGCACAAAGCAGUGUUUCUUCGCCACGGUGCAUCUUCAUGGUAAGUUAGGAUUUCUAUGGCAAUGGGCAAGUCGCACUGAAAUCCUGAAAGGCCAAGCCUGGAGCCCGUCCAGGCUUUUCAUUAAGGACAUAAUAUUUACGUCUAACAGACCUUUUUUCUUGUGUAUACAAGUAUAUAUUUUUGUUUGACGCGGACUAAAUCAUUUUCAUUUAAUUUCCGGUAAACAAAACCCACGCGAAUGGGCACUUGUACCCGAUCAUAAUAAAAAUGGAUAAUAACGUGAAGGAAGAAAAGAGCCGCUUGAAUCGCCGCUCAGCCCCCUUUGUUUCUGCUUUCUGCGGUGAUCAGAGGGCGCAUUUGGGUUUGAUGGCGAGUUUCUAAAGGCGAGGAAAUGGUUUGUAAGAGGGGAAAGAAAAGGAGAAAGGUCUAAUCAAGCUUGGGUUGUUCAAAGAGUCGGGUUUUGGGGUUGAAAGUGUGAGUUUGACGGUGCAUCAGCAUGCCGCGUUAGGCUCGCCAUGGAAAUACGCGCGGGGAGCGGCCGCUUCAAAGGCGGCACACUUCACUACAGACACUCUAUUAAGAUACAUUUGCGCUGACCUUUGCUUUCACGCCAUUUAAUACUGUCACUGCGCUCUCCAGUAUAUACUUCCUUCCUAGAACCCGACUUGCCCGCGUUUAGGGGUUCACCCUGCACCCGGAUGUGGGAGGCUUUGGAGCAGGGGACACUUUCAGGAAAGGGAGGAGCACAAGGACUCUGUGCAUCUUGACUGCGCACCAAAGAGCUCCAGGAUCAGGAGUGAAAGAUUUUAAAGCAGCCUCCAAACUUAACAAAUGAGCAUUCCAAACUCAGUUUUGUGCAAAUCGCCUUUCUGACUCUUGAGUAGGAUGGAGGCUUAAGUUUAAUGGGGACUUGUGGGGAAGGGAGCCACCCUGGGGGAGUCUGAGGAGUUCAGUCUGUGCCCUUGGGACAUUUCCACUCUGGCUUUCCUUACCACUCUUCUUCCUCUCCAUCCCAUAAGUUUCUUGCGGCCCCUCAAACUUGUUUCUUUCUAAGGCAGGGUGUGUGGUACCGUUAGGCCUGGACUUGUCCUAGAUGCAAACUCAAGAGCCCAAGGCCAAGGGGAUAUGGGGAAGAUGGCAGGAAAGUUAGAAGUCCAUGUUCCCUUAAUUGUCUUGUUGUUUAUUUUAUCCAAGUACCCCAGUGAAUAGGGGAAAAAUAAACACAGUGAAAAAAAAAAAUCAAACAGUGGAGUCUUCUUUAGUGCCAGUCCUUGUGGUUGAAUAAAAAGGAUGGUCCGCUUUCUAUUGAGCUGAGAAAUCUUUGAAGUGGGAGUUAUUAUCUGAGACAUUCCUGCUUGUCGUCCUAACAACGCUGAUGAAACGUAAAAGGUUCUUUGUCAGCGAUUUGUUCUCCUCUCUGUCAAACUCCCUCUGCCCCGUUAAUUUCAAACCGUUUCUAAAGAGAUAAAAAUCAAACUUCUUUUAAAAAAAUAUCCACACACUGCACCAAUACAUAACUUUAGGACUAAGUCUUGCUAAGGGAUAAACAAAAGCAAUGCCUGGACAUCAGGGUCAGGGCCUGGCCUGGUGAAGUAUGCAGAAGUUGGGGGACCCUCGGGACAAGCUUUGGGACAUGAGGAAAAGUAUGCAGAGAGGGUCCAAGCAGAAUACAUACCCUAAGUCCAUAAUUGUAUGUCUGCUUUCUUCUGCUCUGACUUGCACUCAAUCAGCCCAAGUUGGUUCACCUGGAUGGGUUCCUUUGGGUACCCCUCAAGCUGCUAAUAUUCUUGCCCAGGAUCCUUGGAACUUAAGAUUGCAGCCAAGCAAUUGCUAAUAUCUCCUGCUCCUUCAAAGCCACCUCUGCUAAAAAUAGACCCAUUGUGUAUUUCUUCUCACUAGCAGCAAUCAACAAGCCCUUUCUGCCAUUAAUAAGAAGGAGAAUAGCUGAAGGAGAGAGAUGUUUUAUUAAUUUCCUGUUUCCUUCAGAAUCUUGGCAGUUGAAGCUUAGAAGAUUUGGUCUACAACAUAGUAAUCGAAAAUGCAUGCAAAUGCCCAUCCUUCCCCUCAUUCACAUGUGCAGUUGUUCAUUUUAUAUUGUGCCCAGGAAAGAAACUUUCACCCAGUUCAGGUUUCCCCAAAACUCCUGUUGUGGUUUUAAAGGUGGUUUAAAUAAAUAAGGAUGUGCUGGUCCCGCUACACUGUGUGUGCUGAAUAAAUGACUUGUAAAGUUCUUCCGAGCUGUAACCCAUGCUGUUAUUAUAGUUGCUGCAAAAUGUUGUUUCUGAUAUUGAUUUUAUUUGUUAACUGGAGGUCUCCAUAUGUUUGUUUAUAUUGCUAAUUUAUGAGAAAAUGUAAUAAUCGCAAUGAAUGUGAAUUAUACAGACAGGCAAACAUUUUGUAAUCAUAAUUCACAUAUACACAAAAGCCUGGCUGAAACCUUAGACUGUUUGUACCCUCUCUACCCACACUGUUUGUGAUUUAUCAUCUGUCUCCUUAGUGUCAGUUAAAUUAUGAACUAACUUGAAAAUAAAAAGUUGUUUGACUGAAAGUGAUUGUUGAAUGAACAACAAAGUUGAAAGCCAUGGCUUGAUCUUGUAAAUAUGUAAAUGUAAAUGAUAUUAAAUCUGUGAUUCCUUUUCCCUCCAAAGGCCUUUGUGUACAUGGCACUCCAUUUGGCUAUUUUCUUUGGAAAUAAAUGAUGUGAUGUUUCCCUUCCUCUUU